AGCGCAUUCCUCCCCCGUCGAUCGCUCCCCCACGGCGAAUGUCCUACUGGAGAGACGAGUAUUUGGCUGCGUUGGCCGUUCGAGACCAAAGAGAGAAGGCCAACGUUGCACUCUACGAUGCCUAUACUCAUCUCGCCGAUCGCACGGCUACGCUUACCACCCCCAUAAAAACAGCUGCCAGUCCUGCAGUGGACCAAAAGUCAUCGGUCCCGAGAGCUCCCCAGCGCACUAUUUCGGGCACGGCGGCCAAAAACCAAACGGCUGAUGCCUCACCAACUGAGCUUUUGAAUACUACUCGCGCAGAGUUGUCAGAUGCACAACGAUCUCGAUCGGAAUUACAGGAGAAAUUGAAUCGUGUGACCACUGAAGUGGAAAAGCUUCGCAAGAAAACCACCCAGGAUGCUCGCCGAAUUAACGCAUUAGAAAGCGAAAGGCAGCAUUUGAACUCACGCCUCAAAGAUAGAGACGAGGAGCUACGGGGCAAGGCAAAACUACUCGAGGACUUCCAAGACGAGAUGGCGACAUUGAAUCUUCAACUGAACAUGGCUGACCAAAAGUCAAACAAGCUUCAGCAUGAGAAUAAAGAGCUGGUUGAUCGCUGGAUGGCGAGAAUGGGUCUAGAGGCAGAUGCCAUGAAUGAUGCCUCUAAAUUUUCAUAG